AUGCAAUCGACGUCACAUCCUAUGUGGCGUGUCGUCUUCGAGCACGUCGACGAAGCUCGUGCUAUGGUCAACAGGCAAUGCUCUCAUUUAGAAUCGUGGCAGAUCAUAUCCUACACUAUAUCCAUGUGCUUUUUGAUCGUUUGGUUUCGUCGAAUGAAUCGCUCGGACAAGCCAUUCAUACAAAGAUUCAGAAGUUCGGUGUACUCAGUUAUUCGGUCUUUACCGUGGGUGAAACGUCGGGUCAAAGCUGACCUUGAACGAGCACGGAGAGAGAUUGAGGAAGAAGUUCAUCAGUGUGAUCAGAAGCGCGAUUUCUACAAGUUUUUGCCAGAGCAUCCACUCAAUCCCGAGGAUAUCUUAUCUGAAGCUCGCCAGUAUGCAGCAAUGGGCGAGCGACGCUACAUGGAGCACUAUGAUCCUCGUUCGAGAACUCAUGACAUGGCACUUUGCGCUAAGAUCUACGACCUGUUUUCUCAUUCUGAUCCUCACCGUUCGGACGCUUUUCCGGGUGCAAGGAAAAUGGAGGCAGAGGUGCUGAGGAUGGCUCUAUCUAUGUUCCAUGGUGGAGUCGAAGCUUGUGGUGUAGUGGCAGGUGGUGGAACAGAAGCAACGUUGCUCGCGUGCCUUGCUUACCGUAACCGAGCCUGGGCACGAGGCAUGUAUCGACCUGAGAUUGUUGCACCUUCCACUGCUCAUCCAGCAUUGGAUAAAGCAGCGAAUCUAUUUGGAAUGACAGUACGACGAAUACCAGUGAGAGAAGACGAUCGAGUACAUGCUGCUGCUGUCAAGAGAGCAAUUGGUCCACACACAUGCAUGAUUGUUGCUUCUGCUCCCAAUCAUAUCACAGGCACUGUAGAUCCAAUUGAGAAGCUCUCUGAGAGGUUGCUCAACGAUUUGACGUCCCGUUGCAUGUGGACUGUACAUUAG